GGGAUAGGGAGGAGGGGAGGGGGGGCCGUGUUGACACAGACUGCCCACCGCCUGUGGGGAAUGGUGCGGAAGGGCAGUGCGGUUCUGGGCUGUGGGUCUCCGCUCAGGUUUCCUGUUCUCGCGGCUCCGGUUACAGCGGAGACACAGUGCAGCGGAGAGCGAGCGAUGGACAUCCCGGAGCGCUCCCACUGAGCCCCGGGGCCGGAGGGCCGGAGGGCCGGAGGGGCCGGAGGGGCCGGAGAGGGCCGGACUCUCCCCCACACCCCACACAGCCUCAGCUCAGCUCCGGGGAUGGAGAGUGCAAUCACAUUGUGGCAGUUUCUGCUGCAGUUGUUGUUGGACCAGAAGCACGAACAUCUGAUCUGCUGGACCUCCAGUGAUGGGGAAUUCAAACUGCUGAAGGCCGAGGAUGUCGCCAAACUGUGGGGACUUAGGAAAAACAAAACCAAUAUGAACUACGAUAAACUGAGCAGGGCACUCAGAUAUUAUUACGAUAAGAAUAUUAUUAAGAAGGUGAUUGGGCAGAAGUUUGUUUAUAAAUUUGUCUCAUUUCCAGACAUUUUAAAAAUGGACCCACACACUCUGGAAAGCAGCAGAGAAAACCUUUUGCUCAGGGAUACCGACAUUCAGUCUAACUCUGACAGCGCAGACCACCACAAAAUGACAUUGUCUGCGAUCAGAGGCGCCAGUCGCAAUGAUUACAUCCACUCGGGGCUAUAUACAUCGUUCACCAUUAAUUCCUUGCAGAACAGAUCUGACUUUUUCAAGUCCAUCAAAAUGGAAAGAACAGAGGAGAAAAAUGCCAGGAAAACUCCGUCUGAAGAAGUCAGGACAGUCAUAAGAUUUGUCACGAACAGCAAUGACAAGGCCGUGAGUGUGCCUAUCGUUUCAGUCCCCUCCUCACCUUCUCCUUCCCCAGAAGCCAUAGUUGCCUCAACGUUCUUCACGACUCUCUCUUCCUCAGCACCAUCCUCUUUGGCAUCAUUUCAUUCUGCUAUGGCUUCGCCCUCCUCACACCCUUCCUCCCUGGCAGCACAUGGACAUGGACACCACAGGGGCUCCAUUAUUGAACUCGAUCUGUAUGAUUCAGAACAAUCUGCUCAGCCUCUUAACCUCUCAGCAGGCUCCAAGGGCAAAUCGCUGUCUCCAGCUGAGCUGAGAAGUUUGCCCAUCAAUCCUCCCAAAGCUAAGAAACCCAAAGGCCUGGAGAUCCCAGCUCCCUCUUUAAUUAUAGCCAGCACAGAUGCCAGUUCAAUUGCCUUGAACAGCCCAGCACUUCCUUCAGGGUCCUUGACGCCUGCUUUUUUCACUGCACAGACACCUAAUGGAAUCCUGUUGACCCCCAGCCCAUUACUGUCCAGUAUUCACUUCUGGAGCACGCUCAGCCCAGUGGCUCCCCUCAGUCCUGCUCGACUGCAGGGCCCAGGCUCUUUAUUUCAGUUCCCAACUCUAGUGAAUGGUCACCUUCCCAUCCCAAUCCCCAGUUUGGAUGGGAUCUCUCCCCUGCUGCUCUCAUCAAACACCCAGAAAUCAUCAUAGUGUUUCACUGAAGGGGUAAAAGGGACCAUUUAUAAAUGCCAAAAUGUAGAACAAUGAUCAGUUAUUUGUAGCAGUGAUUGUACAUCACUGAUGUUAAGUUGCCAGUUCAGGUGGACGGAUACCAUGAAGUAUGUAUUGAAUACCUCUCAAGUGUUUUUCAAAUGAGUUUCCCCAUCGUUUUAUAAUGAAGUUGGUAACAAACAUAUAGCCUUUUCCUUGUACCUUGCGUUUUAUGCACUGUGCUUUUGAUGAAUGUCUAACCAGCUGUGCCUACUUAUGCUUAGUGUUUUUACUUAACUUGUAAAUGAACCGUAAACUGUUCUUGAGAGCAGAUUAUUAGCAUUAUUAAAUAAUUGAAGCUUUGUAUCAGUUUUCAAUUAUUGGCUGUUAAAGGACAUGAUACUAUGUAUUAGCAAGUACGAUUGAUGUUAUUUUUCAGUGUACGUUUCAAACAAUCAUUCGGUUUUUAUGUAUUAUAGGCAAGAUCUGCCUCAUAUUUGUACUUUGGCUACAACUUUGUAAAAUAUAUGCGGUUCAAUAAACAUCAGAACCUCUGUUUUCAA